UGUCCAUGCCUCGGAAACGCAGUGCUCUACAUGAGGACGGGAGGUGCGUUCAGUCACAGUGUCUGCGAUUUAGGAAUUCUCCGAGUCGUCCGUCCCUGAGAGAAUUCUUGAUGUCCUGGCUGUGAACAGGGCAGAGUUAAGUUGAUGGCAAAAAGCAAGUAGUGUGUCGGUGUGCUCAGAUCAGAGGGCACCGGAAACAACAAAGCAGCCCCAAUCGGGGUGUGUUCGUGUGCAUGCCCCGCACCGCGUACUGCUUGGAGGAACUGUAGUAGAAAUCGACCGCAACACGAAUACGCAUGCUACGACGAACACCAUUAAUGGAAAACAGUUUGUGUCACAUCUGAAUGUUUGUGGUUGAGCGGAGGUCGCAGUGUCAGAACAUCGUGGUUCCUCAAGCCAAACAGCAACGAAUUCGAGUCCGGCGUCCUCCUGUGUACCGUCAUUGCCUUCGCGGGCCCGUCGAGACACAGCCACAGUAAAACAGUCACCAUGCAGCACAAGACGAAACAAUCGCUGUAUCAUUAUAACCGUCCACCGCUCAAUGUUGUGUAGUGUGUCUUCACCGCCCAAGGAAGCAAGUGGUCUUCAGUGCAACUUGCCCUAAACUGAACUUCCACGGUCUUACACAAAUGUGAGAGGGGAAAAACUACAAUCGGAAAGCCCGAUUUCAUUGAUCUGCUUGUUUCGGAGCAAACAAUGGUGGCUCCCGUACACCUCAAGGACGGACACUGGCUACAGAUUUCUGCCUCGGGGUAGCAUGCCAACAUUGCGAGUAUGGACAGAGGUGUUAGAACAGUUCUAACAUCCCCGGUUAAGCAUCUCCGGGCCGUAUACAUGUCCGGUUUUCGAGGUAUCCCAACACACCGAAGAAAUGGAAGGGGAUUUCGACACAAGCAGAUAAUGCGUUUUCACUGGUGUAAACUCUCAAACUGGAACAUCGGCGCACAGGUGUGCAAGAAUCAGUUGCUGUUUAUGUUCGCUCUACCUCCACAUUUCCCCCCGAACGAAAAAGUUACCUCAUUUCUCUUUCGGUGUCGUUUUAACUUAGUCCUCGAAGAGUUCAGUGUUGGGCAAGGCAAAAGGAUGUGACGCAUCACAUAUGUCGAUCCAAGCAGCUGCGAAAAAAUCAGCGAUUCAGUGUUAACCGAAUUACGCCUGUCUGGCCUGCGUAGCACCUAAGAGUAGAUGAUUAUUUACUGAACAUUAGCACAAAAAUGAUCUGUCUAGGAAAUGCGAAAGCAACAAUAAAAGGAGAGUGCAGGCAAACCUGCAGCCGUCGCCCUACGCUGUUACGAUCGAGCUAGUUGCUCCCAAAAACACAUAUUGGACGAAUUCAAGAGAUCCAGUGUCUCGCCGACUCAGCUCUACGGCCCCUCUGCAUUUGUCAUCAGUAUUUUGAUGUCCCCUGCACCUCCCCAAAAAUGCUAACUCCCAGCCUCACGUUCGUCGAUGACGCCUGCACAAGCCCUGUGACGACUAGGUGUGUGUCCGCCGGAUCUGGUAGCCCGGUGGCCGUUCCUCAAUUUGACCUACUUGCAGCAUACAGACCAGAAGCGGGUUCAUCACUGGCUGAAGUAGGAGGUGUACACAGAAGCUGGCAAAGGGGAAAACAGGCACAGAAAAGAUGGAGCAUGCUAAAGGCGUCGUGGCUCGACAGUCCGUUCAGUAAGGAAAAAACGCACGAUGGACGUCCUUUGAAACCGAGAACGAUUGUGAAAAAGAACAAUCGUUACCACAUGUUGCGCGGUGCAACUGACAGGGUCGUGCAUCCUGUGAAACUUUUCCUGUGGAUCAGCUCUGAGCAGCAAGCUAUACCAACGUACACAGGCAAGCAUAGACCAGACAUGGGGUGGGCGAGCAGCGGCAUCGAGCGUGGACGCAGCAGAUUUGCUUCUCUCGUAGCGUACAUCGACGGCACUAACUGCAAAUAUCCCAUCAAUAUAUGUGGCAAUCUAAAACUUGCGGCUUCGUCUGGUAGCUUCCUCAGCCGAGUCGUCCACGGAGUCAUCGGUUACUCCGGAUCACGAAGGCUGCUCCAUGAGAAUUACUGUAACUCCUGACGGACGAUCAUCUCCAAACUCCCCUACUCUGUUCGACGCAAAGUACUUGCUAGGAAAAUACUUGCGAGGUGAGGAAAGGGUCGCUGGACCAGAGGUGUCGAGCCACGCGGAACCGCCAUCGUGCCGUUUUGUGACUGGAUGUGACUAAUUCCUAAAACGAAACGCAGCUCAGCAUGAGACUCCGAUUCUGUCCGAGUAGAACACCAUGUAAAAAUAGACAAUGUCGACCCGAUGGAUGGUUUGUCUGCAGACUCGGGCCCACUAUUUGUAAAAUCGCCGAGUCUUCGGAAACCGUUGCAGUCUCCAGUCAUGGAUUCAGACGGAGGUGAGUUUUCUUUGAGCCCCACACCUCGCUGUCGCCGGGAGUUUCCUGAACAACGACGCUUGUCGUCCGCUGUGGGCUGCUCUGAGAGGCAGGUUAACACGCCACAAUAGCGUAAUAGGGUGAACAAAUCGCCUCGUUCUUUGGCAAGAAUGAGGGGCAGGGAACAAGGUGGAAAGUGGAAUAAAGCGACAUCUUCUGUCUUUGGUGUGCGAAAUUUAGAGCCAACAACCCAUUCAGGAAAGCAAAUUGGCGUCGUUCACAGCUUGCUUUCCAGCUUCGAUAAGACAGAGGACAUUGCAGCGGGCAUUCGCGCCGCCGUUCUCGGGACUCGCGGAAAAAGUGACACGCGCUUCACAGAAAGAGGAGCCCGUCUUAGCGCCACAAAAACUAGCGCAUCCAGAAGCCGGUCGUCAACCUCCGGAGUGGGCGAUGUACUAAGAUCCGCAAUUUUGUUUGAAUCACCAUUUGGGCCUCUGAAAGAGAGGCUACGCCGAGGUAGGAAAGGAGCCUCAGCGACGGCUAAUUCAGCUCCUCCCCAGCACGCACUUCGUUUUAAGCAACAGACUGUCUCGCCACUGUCCCCUAGCGUCGGACUCGACCUACCCGUCCACCUUCGUACCUCUUGCUUCGAUCCAACUUCCACUGGAUCCUGUGAAGCCUCUGAAAGCGGUACAAUUGUUGGGAAAGGAGUGCCAAGACGGGCAAACCUUGGCCAAUUUGCGUCGCGGAACCAGAGUAUGACUCGCGAAGGUUCAUCUCGCAGAGCAACCCGACCUCCAAGCAAUGAUAAUCACAAGUGUAUUCCAGCUUUUCCUGAUGCUUCCGCCGGCUGCAGUAAUGGCGAGGAGCAGCCAAAAUUCGGUUCAAUUUCGGGGAUAGCCUGUCCCCGUGAAGAGUUAUUAGGCCGCAAACGUGGCCAGUGUACCAGAUUAUGCCAGCAGCCCUCCGUGGCGUGUACAGAAAUCAAGCAGAACACGCGUUAUCUGAUAACUACUCGCAUACAUGUACAAGGACCGACAAGUCAGAAUGGCGCUGAAAAACGUCCAGACCAUACGUCGACAGACAGCUCACGACAGCUGCCACGGCCGAACCGUCCGUGGUCCCUGCAGCGACCCCGCACCACGCGUACCUCUGGUAAGAGUACUGGAAAUCCUCAACAGUGAGCGGCUUGAUGAAGCAACAGACCGAUGAAUAUUUGGCCAGAUCGAGGCCUACGUUGCACGCAACAUAAUGUGGCAGCCGAGUUACUGAUGGUAUAGCUGUGCUUAGGACUGUUAUCGGUGUCUCUUGAUGGCAGUAGCCAUUGUUGACACCUCAUGCACAAACUACCGGCUGACGCGGACCAAACGGAGCCAAGGUGAAGAUAGUGCGUCAACCUCGGAGCCGUGACUUCACUUUGUCUUAGUGGUGCCCCAAACCUGAUGCUUUUUCUUCACAGUUCAUAGGAUCCGUAAAUGGGCCUGUGAAAUACGUGUGGAAUUAUUUCUUCCUUUCUCGCACGAUUGUCUGCUUCCGACAUUUCAGCCCUUCGACAAAAGCAGUCGCAUGCCGCUAGGUAUCAGAGGCAGACCGAAACGAUCAACAAAGAUACACUACUCCAGCCAAUAAUACACGCAACUACCCGUGCUGUCAGUAGAAUUGUAGGAACCGGAUCACUUCAUCGCAGCCAAGAUCUUCCCCUUCAAACCGAAGCACCUUCACCUCAUUCUCAGUCUUUACCAACUUUGCCGGAGUCUUCGAAACCUUCAGCCAGAGCACAACAGCGCCCGCCUCGAGUGUCUGCAGCGGAGAUGCCGCAUGAGAGAAACUGCAUCCAACUGUCACAGGAUGUUGAACACGCACCCACCAAAAGGGGUCAACCACGAGUCGGAUUCACCAACUCGAACGCGUCGAGCACUCGAGUUGUUGCAGGAGGGCGACCAAGGGAGCCACCACCACUUCACAAGGUCGCUGAAGGUCAACAAUGUACUACUGAAGCGGUAGUAGAGACGGAACAAUCGGUGAAAACGAAGAUCAGGAACACUACCGGGAAGCCAAGUAGAACAUAUGCGUCAACAGAAGGAAACACCAUGGUGAUUGGGGAGAUGAAGGCUGCAGCCUGCCGCGUACUGGGCCGCUGGAUUGCACGAAUUCUGCGACGCAAACUGCUUGAAUUUGGACGAGAGUUCAUUUCGUUUUGUCAAAGGAAAAAGCUCGAACUGCUUCGCCAUCAACGUCAAGAGAUGCUCAUCAAACAGGCCACUCAGGAUCCGCGGCAGCGUCUUCGGCAGAUCCUCGGUGAUAACGUCGCCCCGUCUUCGCCGGUUCGUGUUUCUCCUGGUCAUCCACAUAGUGCACAGGCUCCGCCUACCUCUCUGCCAGUUCCCGCUCCUAUGGAGGGGAAAGACACAAGUGUAGAGUCUCCUCCAAAUCUGGCGGCGACCCCACCCGCGAUUCCUGACUCGAGCGAUUUGGUUUGUUUCUCACAUCGUCUAGGACGGCCGUCUUCUGUCUCUCCAUGCAUGUCAACGAGUCCUCCCCACCACAUAUUCACAAAGCGGUGUAACGCAGAAUCAAACGGCAACGCAACAUGCCGCAUGAUACGGUCUUCACAGGUGGUUCUGGAUACUGCAGACGGUGAAGCACGCGAACCAGGAGCCUCGUGCAACAUCGGCUCUGAUGGAGAUGGAAUAGAUCCUGCACGUCAGACACGGGUACAACCAAAGCCUGACUUUGCUCCAUCAGGUGCAACGUGUAACCGCUUGUCGGAAAAUUCUUCAGAAUCUGAAAUGUAUUUGUCUGCGUUGCCACCGUCUUCUUCGGCUCAAUUUACCAAUCGUUACUUCUCAGGAGAAAGCACGGCCGUCUCUGCUUCUUUUCACUCCUUGGAAACCGUUUCUCAGAGUAACUGCGUAGCCGUGAGCCCUGCAGCAAGAAAUACUGAAACUGUCCUCCAGGAAACGAAUGAAGGGCGGCGAUCCAUCACUCUGACCUCUGCGCCAACUUCUCCACCCUCGCCACUGCUCCAUCCUUUGGUGCCUGCCUCUCUGGAAAUAGUGUCUUCUUGGGCGGUUGACUGUAUCACCUCCGAGCUUUCAGCUGCUACUCUCGCCUCUGCCGAAGCGUCAAUGCCACUUCGAUUAGCCUUCUGUGAGGAUGGAGUCACGCCACAGAUGUCCGAGUCAAGUGCUGUUCCCAAGGACGCAGGCGAUGGGGCAAUUUUGGGCAGUUGCAGUGUACCGAAGAACAACACCCCUGAAGUAUCUGCCGCACCUUCCGUGUCAGAGUGUUCUGUAAGAAUCUCACCCCAGCAUCCGGUUCUAGAGGAAAACGAGCAACAGCAUUUGCAUAAAGAGUCCGACGCGGCAUACCGGUGCGACGGUCAGCCUACAUUGGCUGGCGUUCUGGACAGUAUGAACGGUACAGAUAUCCGUAACAUUCAACAUGCGUUCACGUCGCCUUAUGAGCCGUCUGAUGGCAGACCAGAUCAACUCACCAGCGCGUCUCCAUGCGCAUCGAGUACUGUCUGCAAAUGGUUAUCGCUUGAACAAGCAGCGAACAAGCGCAUGAAGACGUCACUCUCAGCCCCCGUGAUUCGUACUCUCACGUUAGAACGUGAAACUGAAGCCACAUCGAGUACGCGUUCGCUCAGAAGUGUUGGAUAUGAGGGCCCUUUCAAGCAGGCAUAUCUCAACGUAUCAACAGAUACUGGUAAAGUGACAGUGACUGGUUUCGAAUCUCCUCAUGACUGUACGGUGGACGAAGGGUCACCGGUGUAUGACCAACUAGCUGUACGCUCUUCGUCGACACCAUCGCGCCCGCAGAAGGACAAGGCACUGGAUAAGAAUGAAGGGACAGUGGAAGAAGGAUCACUUCAAGUGUCACCUCGGGGCAUCUGCGAAUGCGCUGCGCAUGAAAAAGGCAAGCGUUCCGGCGAGCAAUCGCCAUACCGACCUGCUCCGUCUGCCGUAACUACAACUGUCCUGGUGGAAGUCGGCGCUGUGUUGGCACAAGCACACGCCGCAGUACGAGAUGCCGAUGCCGCAGCCGAUUCUCUUCUUGAAGACUCGUCGGCCGGUUCGGCAUGCAUUCCCUGCGACCGUCUUGAAGAGUCCGGUGCAUCACAUGAUACAAAAAAGAAGCAAUCUAUUCAUCUGACGUUUACCGGAUGUGGAGAUUCCCACAAGCCGGCCUCCAAAUCGGACAGUACGAAGAAGAGUAACAUUCGUUGUCAACCUCCUCACGCGAUGCAGCUUCACAACGCGGAAGAUUCCCUUUGGCGGCCACUGCCUUGCUCCAAGGAACCCUCCCGUACAACUGCUGACGCAGCCUCUUAUGAUGGUGCGUGCAUCCCCCAGGGGUCUCUGUCGAAGCCUGAGCUCGACACAGCAGUCGCAUGUUGCUGUGCCGCUGUCUCCUCUGUAGUAAUGAAGCCGCCCCUGACCAAGGCUUCUUCGUCGCUUUACUACCAGAAACAGAAUUCGUCUUUUUCGCUUCCGGAAACCCGCAGUAUCCCUCAGUCUGACAGUCAGCUUUUAGGGCCGUCGGGACAGUCCCCUGCAGAGGCUUCCCCUAUGGAGGGCAAGCCCUUCCGCCGUUAUCUGCCGCCGGGAAGCUCGUCUACUCCGUUCCCGGAUUCCUCCACACCUGGAGUUGCCGAUGAUUCUUGCACCCUCGACUCCAGCUGGGAAAAUGCCUCCAUCACCGCAGCAGGGAAGAUUGCCGAAUGCAAGAUGUCCAGUUCAGGACAGUUUCAAACUGAGGGCGGUGGACUUCGCUCAGACUCGAGGAGUUCAGCAGCAUCUUUCCUGUCGAUUUUGGAAGAUGAGCUUUUCUGCGCCAGAGCUCUUGCGCAACUCCGUCACAACACGUCUCUGUCGCCGCACGAGUUCAUGAAUGAACGUACCCAACCAGUGGCCCUUGAGUUACUAAGAACUGGCUUCUCUGCGCCAAAGAGGCCUUUCGAUAAUUCGCCUUGUUCGUCGGCCUAUGCAACGCGUAAACCUGUCCAUUCUGGAAAAAGUUGUGUUCACAAGAUGCCAAAGACGGAAGAAAAGGCAACGCCGGGAAGAGAGGGGAAAGUGCUUCAAAGACAUGAGAUUGGCGAAACUCCAGAAAAGGCACAGUCUGCCUCCAUGACCACACCUUUCUCUCAGCCAUGUGGACGAGCCCACAACUUCGCCAAUUCGUUCGAUUCAAUUUUGUGCCCUCCUUGCGCCGCUCAGACACAACAAGAAUCAUUUGCAGGACGUUCGGAGUCCCUUGAGUCUUUGUCUCAGCUCCCUAUCUCCUGCCAGAUACAUGUAGCCGCUGAAUCGAAACCAAGUCACCUACAGCAGUCGGCAACACUUUUCUCGCUUUCCCCUCCUUGUGACAAACUGAGCUCCCUCCCAACACUGUGCGCGCCUUGCACUGACCACAGAUGCUGUCCGAAUGCCUCAAAGAAUUGCUCUGCUAGUGUCAGCAAAUCCCCAACGCAUGAGACCCAUCGAGAGUUGAGACCAGCUGCAGGUAGACUUCCGAUAUCUCCAACAGGCAAGCAUACCUCACCGCGAGCUCCUGUGGCACCUCACAUUCAGAUCACAGUGCCGAGGGAGCCUUCCCCUCAAACAGCAUCGGUUGAUCAGCCAGUGCCUGACCAGCAGAAAACUGAACUCAGGGCAACGGUAGAAAUAACGAGGAAGGCUCUUCUCUCAGCUGCGCGACAGAGCGCUGCCUUGUGUUGCAUUCCUUCAUCUGUUUCGCAUGACUCUGAAACGCCUUCAAUAGAGGGAUCUUCUCGAGAGGAUGCAGAAUCAGCAUCCCUGUUGGAACAGAAUAUAUUAACGGACACUACCAUUGCGAGGAAGCUGUGUGUACUAGACAUCAUGUCAAACGCACAGCCUGCGGUCUGUCAAUAUAAUGACAGGCCAGUGCAACGUGACACGAACGGGCCAGCCAGCAGACCUCCCGUGCCUGCCGUCACCGUUUGCGCGUUUGAAGAGCAAUGUACAACCGGAAAACGGGAUCUCGCCACAGGUGUCACGACGAUUGCCACACUUCCGACACACAGCCGGACAGCGGAAAGCGAAGCCGAGAGACGGACGUCGGCGACGCAAGCACAGCCGAUGGUGUACCAUCCGUGGGUGAACAACACUGCCUUGUUGUGCUCUCUUAAAGUCUUCGGCUGUGAAACAGGCUCGCGAAACCACUCAUCAGAGACCUUUGGAGAGCCUCACCUUGGGGAGCGUCUGGAAGACAUCCCGCCGCGGUCCAGAGGUCAAAAUAUCCAUGCAAUGUUGUGUAGUGAGGGGGCCCGACGGAGCGUGUACCGUCCCAAAAUGUCAUCCGGGCACCUCAUGCUAAGGCUCAAGCCUGGGUCGUUCGACGCGAGUACCUGCUCAGCUGCAUCCGCGGAAGCACUUUCCGCUCGAUCAAACGCCGGGGAAAAGCACCUCGUCUAUCCGGUCGCAGGACGCCGUUCUGGCCAGCGAAAGCCCGAAACCAGCCUGAGUAGCAAACAAGCGAUGAUCAAUUUCUACAGUCCGCGUUUUCUGGACCGUAUAGUGUCGCGGAACCCUGCCACAGGUUUGGUGUCCGGCAGCCCCAAAAGAUCACAGCUGCCAGAGCUCAGGGAAUCGACAAGAAAACCUACGCACUCUUAUAUGUUUGUAGUUCGAAUGCAAGCAAGGGCAGAAGAAAGGAGGCAGCGACUGGCACAGCUAAAGCUCAGGUAGGACGAAGACUCUAGAGAAGGGGUUGUACAACGACGUAGAUUAAGGGGAGGGGAAGAUGGGGUGAACUAAACAAAGUUCGCGUAUGGCUUGAAAUCCGUAUCCACUCAAUCGGUCUUACGGGGGACUCUGCAGUUUAUGCGAGGCUGCGAAUAUUACCGCGUGGCUCCGCAGCAACAGGAAAGACAGGAUUGCACCCGCAACCUAACGCAGACUACAUUUUGCCUCCAUUGCACGUUGCGCGAAAGAGACACGACCGCUCCAGGUGCUGCUGCCCGAGUUCCCGCAAUACUAGCUCUGCUGCUGAACUAGGCUUGAGUGUGACCAUUCUCUG